AUGUUGGAAAACUCACGUUCUGAAUUGAAGUCUCUUAGACUCUACAAAGAGGCGCGGUCUAUACCUCUUCACAGGGAUAUGUACACACAAGAUGGCUGGCCGGAAGUGGAGAACAACUCGUCACUUCCGGGCGAGGGUGCGUCCGUCGUCCACUACGUCUGGUGCGGCAGGAAGGUGUUCCAGUUCCAGCACCAGCUGAGCUUGUUGAGCGCCGUGAGAAUUCUUCGACCUCUGAAGAUUUAUUUCUACUACCACCACCUGCCGGAAGUGGACGACUUCUGGUACCACACGUGGUUCCAGGAACUGACGCAGUCAGUGCCCAACCUGGUGCUCCGUCACGAUAACCCUUGCCUGAUCAUUACGCAAUCAGUAUAUCCCAAAGACGUAUGGGACAACUCCUCGAGGUUCUCAGAGCUAGCUCGCUGGAUCCAUUACGGGCGGAGAGGCAUCAUCAAAGUCCGACAAACAGACAGACCCCAGGACUACAUCCCACUGAUAUCUCACCUGGUGUUGUUUCCGGCCAAAGAGCAAAGUGCCAAAUCUACAGAGUUCCGGUUCCUGCAUUACCUCAGCGUUAUCUCAGCGCUUCACGUCGCAGGGUUCAAGAGGGUUUUUGUCCACGGGGAUGAGAUACCUCAGGGAGAGUGGUGGGACAAGUUAGGUGGGGAAAACGUCACGUUUGUGAAGAUCGAACAACCGGAAACGGUGUUCCAACAUGGCGUCGCCGUCCCCGCCCACCAGUCUGACGUGCUGCGUGUCUUAAUUCUGCUCAGGUACGGCGGCGUUUACCAGGACACUGACGUCAUCUGGGUCAACCGAAUCCCCGACGAUUUAAGACGGUACCCAGCUGUAGUGUGUAACGACUGGGCAAGAAACGGGGCGUGGCCGGGUGUGUUUAACAUUGGGGUGCUCAUGGCGAGGGCUGGGUCCGAAUACCUGAAGCAUUUUCUGAGAACAUUCGGCUACUAUAGAGACGACAAGUGGUCAUUUAACGCCAUUCUCAUGCCGUACAAGGUGUACGAACAACACCCAGAUCUACUCUACGUGGACAGGUAUCUACAGGCAACUUGCUACCACGGCGUGUGCCACCCCACCUGGCAACCCGACUACUUCCGGGACAUUCUGGACGAGAACCCGGUGGAGCCGUUUGACUGGAGGGACGCCCGGGCUUUCCACUUCACCGCCCCCAAACCCCCAGAGUCGCUGUCGACGCCGGAGAAGAUAAAAAACGGGAAAGAUGUUUUUGCUGAGAUGGGACGGAUGAUAUUGGAGAAGAGCGGAAGGCUGGAUUUGUUGUCAUGACGUCAGAACACUAGAGUGGGUCGAUUCUGAUGACGGUAAACAAAUGCUUAGAGUUUCUUUUAGGCAUCUCUCUGCGACGGAACUGAGUCAUCACUGACAAGAUCCGAUUGUGAGUUGGAUGUGCGUCUUGACCUCCGCCGAACCCCUGAAACUGAUUUACUGAACCCGUGGGGUUCGAUCGAAACCAGGUUAAGAACGAACCAAUGUUCGGUGGUUGUAAAUAACGUAGGCUUUUUUUUUCAUAAGGGGGUAGCACCGGAUGGAAAUAUCAGGAUGCGUAGUUUUCAUUGUUACUUCCCUUACACCAGGAACGAUUACAGUACGACAA